ACUCCGAUCUUCACCGACAGUAACAACAAGCUUGCUCCAAUAAUGGCGUUCAAAUUUGUUCUUCUGGCUACUCUGGUAGCAGCCGCUAGCGCCGGUCUGCUCCCCGUGGCUCAACACGGAGCAAUCGCUACCUCGCACGCCACCAUCCAGCAUCACGCUGCCCCAGCCGUCCACCAUGCCGGAUCCAUCCAUGCCGCUCCGGCCUACUAUCAGCACUCCGCUCCGGCCAUCGUCAAGACCAUCGCUCAGCCAACGAUCAUCAAGUCCGUAGAGCACCACGCCCCGGCGAACUACGAGUUCUCGUACUCCGUGCACGACGAACAUACCGGAGACAUCAAGAGCCAGCACGAGACCCGUCACGGUGAUGAGGUGCACGGACAGUACUCGCUGUUGGACUCGGACGGCCAUCACCGUGUCGUCGACUACCAUGCCGAUCAUCACUCCGGAUUCAACGCCGUCGUGCGUCGUGAGCCAACGGGAGUGAAGAUCGCCCAGCCAGUCCACAAGGUGAUCGCUCAGCCCGUGCACGUGUCCAGCUAUGCCCAUGCUCCAGUAGCACACGCCACCAUCCAGCAGCAUCAUGCUAUCCCGAUCGCACACUACGCCGCCCCGAUUGCGCACCAUGCCGCUCCGAUCGCGCACUACGCCGCUCCGAUCGCGCAUUCGACCUCCAGCAUCGUUCAUGGACCGAGCCAUCUGAGCCAUCAUCAUUACUAAAACGCCAGUUUGGUUUGACUUUAGUUUAAAAAGUGUUUAUAGAUAUAAAUUGCAUCCAUCGACAUAAACAAUCAUCUCUAUAAAAUCGUUCAUCUUGCGAUGAGAUAUAUCACACGAUCGAGCGGAAUUCUUCUGGCAGCGAAUCCUGAAGCCCGCAGCUUUGGCUUUCACUAACCUUCGCUACAGAAUAAUCAAAGUGAAUCAAAGUUUUGUAACGAUAAAGCUUCAGUAUUCCUUAUUCGUAUCUAAUAC